AUGCAUUCCAAGAAUGUGAUCGCUGCUGCCAGGAAUUCCUCCGCAUUGCAGAUUGCCGUGGGUGAGCAACAGCUCAAGGAUGCACUUCGUGAACUCCAAGGCUCACAGAAGCAGCGGUCUCAAGAGCAACUCUCAGCACAAGAGCAGGAGCAAGAGCAGGAACAGGGGACAUCGACAGGGGUGCUCCUUGGGAACGAGCUCAGCUCGAAUCCGUCGGAUUCUGAUUUCCAGCCUUCGACUAGCACUAGUGCAAGAACCUCGCUUUCCACCGCCGAUUUCCAUUACCACAAUAAUCUUACUGGCCCUGGAGAAACAUCAUGCAGGCUAAGAACGAAGUUCAAGUAUGUCAUUGGCGUCUUGGACGUAUCAGAACGAUUGAUGACUGCAAGGAGAGAGAUGGUCAAGCAGCAGUGCACUUUGAAAUCGACAGCAGAUCUGCUCUCCCUCAACUUCAUCUUCACCAAGGUCUUUCUCGAGAAUAAUCUGCCGCCAGAAACUGCAAGCCGUCUUAGCCAACAAUCAGUCCCAAACCCAAAGAGCGACGACGUUGAUCUACUCUUAUCCUGCUGCCUCAAUGUGGGAUCGGUCGACUACCAGCAAGGGAGAGCAUAUAUCAAGGAGAGAACAGCACAGCAAGAUAGUGUUGCGGGUGACAUCAUAUCGGUCUAUGCAACAUCAGGAAUCCUGCGUGAUGGAACCUCGAAACUUGCUGUCAACGAGAGCACCUACAUUGAACGGUCAGUAAAGCCUCUCGUUACUGGUACAUUUGCGCAGCUUGACUUUCAGGAACACUGGACCAUUGACCCGUUCCCAGUACCGCCAGACUACGAAGAGCGACUCUAUCCCGAUUUCUUCGCCGAAAAGGAUGGCCUUCCUUUUGCCGUGCUUGAAGUCAAGUCUCCAGAUGCUGAUCGGGACGAUUUCGACGUAGAUAUCAGAAAGAUAUAUCGUGUUCUUAUCCAUGCCUUUGAUCAUUCCUUCACUCUAGAUCGACGGUGUGAAGUGUUCUCGAUGGACAUUACCUAUGAGGCAAUUUAUAUACCGAAGGCCCUGGGAACGUUCGAAAUCCCUGAGAAUAAGCUCCAGUUACCCUUACUGCUGCAUGCAUUGGGUCCUUUGACAGCUGCCAGGAGGAUCUAUGCCGGUGCCAAGUUUCAGGCUCCAAGUUGGAUACUAAGGCUCACUGAGCACGACAGGAAACAACCUACAACGACCAUCAUAUCACAGCGGAAUGGACCCUAUAUCCAAAAACUCACUCUAAGAUUCCUCGACAAGACCCUCCUCACCUCAAUCGCACAGUUCUGUCCAAGCGUUACCUUUCUCUGCCUGCGCCUUGACCACCGCCCCUCAAGGGAACAAUACCCUAUCCUCAACACAUUCUUCGGUCGUAUGCACACCAACCUGACCAGUCUCUACAUCCACUUUGAUGCCUCGCCCUACCCUCUCUCCCUUCUCUGGAGCAUCUCCAACCUCACCAACUUGAUCCGACUGGACUUUCAUGUCUUUUACUCGGACUACUAUGACUCCAAGCACCAUCCGCCAGAACUCUACACGAGUGUUCUGCAAUGCUGUCCAACAUUGCAGAACUUUAUUGGAUAA